AUGGGGAAGAAGAUUGCGACUGUUCUCGUGAUGGGCGGUGCGUUGAUGGCAUGUUGGUACUGUAGUAAGUCUCCAACAGACAGUGUAAACUGCACACCUAUUUCAGAACCCGUGGUUGUUCUGGACUAUGGUUCCUUUCGAGGAAGGAGAUCGCAUCUGCAUCAUGACAUCGAACGAUUUUUUGGAAUUCCAUACGCUGAGCCGCCAGUUGGGGACCGACGAUUUACGAAUCCCAUUCCGCCUUUACGAAAUUAUGGGGAGCAUGACGCCAGGAAGCAUGCACCGGUGUGUCCUCAACAGAGCUUGGGGGGUGAUACAGUAUCAAAGUACAAAGACUGGUUCAAUAAUUUGAAUUUGAAUCCGCUGGAGUUCUUUAAGCCGUUUGGGUCCGGACAGGAAGACUGUUUGACAUUGGAUAUCGCUCGUCCAGCCGGCUUAAACGAAAAUUCGAAACUUCCGGUGAUGUACUUCAUAUAUCCUGGUGGGUUCAACUACGGUGCGAGCUGGCAGCUUUCACCAGUCCCGAUGGUGAAGAAGAGUAUCGACAUGGGUCUUCCAGUGAUCUGGGUUUCGGCAAACCAUCGGAUGAAUGCUUUUGGCUUUUUGGGUGGACGCGAAGUUGGUGAGGCUGGUGUUGGCAAUCUGGGACUGAAGGAUCAAAGAUUGAGCAUGGAAUGGAUUCAGAAACAUAUAUCAAAGUUUGGAGGCGAUCCGGAAAAAGUGAUGAUCUACGGAGAAUCAUGUAGGUCUCGAUCUCUGGAUUCAAAGGAAGGACUGAUUAACAAUCUUUCCAUCUUAUGGAACAUACAAUUUUUAGCUGGCGCGAUAUCUAUCUCGCAUCACCUCUUGGCGUACAAUGGAAACCUCAAUGGCCUAUUCCGAGCUGCUAUCUGCCAAAGUGGCACAGCCUUACCAGCUGGCAAGCUCUCUGAAGGAGCAGGGCAGAAAGGAUUCGAUUUUCUGGUAGAUAAAGUAGGUUGUAAAGACUCCAAGGAUAGACUGGAUUGUCUCCGCCAUGCGGAUUUGAAAAAAUUGCAGGAUGCGAUCAAUGACCUUCCUGGAACCUUUUCCUUUGGGGCUUUCCCAUUUACCUUCGGCCCAUCUGUUGAUGGGGAAUUCAUUACGGAGUCCAUGCAGCUUGCCUUGGCCGCUGGUAGAUUCGCCAAAAUCCCGCUGAUUAGUACUAACAUGAAAGAUGAAGGGACAGUUCUUACAAUAUCAUCGAGUUCGAUUAAGACCGAAGACCAGCUCCGAGAAACUUUACAGCAAAAGGUUCCCAAGGCAAGCCCGGAGAUGAUCGAAAAGAUUUUACAACUUUGGCCCUCUGACCCAAAACUCGGAUCGCCUUUCGGCACCGGUGACAAGAAUGCGGUGACGCCUGUUUACAAGCAAUAUUCCGCAAUUCUGGGUGACUUGGCAUUCCAAGGUUUGAGGCGAUUGUUCCUUAGAACAACAGCUAAUGUGAUGCCCAGUUGGAGUCUCUUGGACCGAGCAGAAGAGAAUUUUCCUAUAAUAGGUGCCUUCCAUGCAUCCGAUCUUCCAGCUGUCAUCGGUAUAAUUCCCGGGAAGCGGACUGACGACUAUCAAGCACGUUGGAUAUCGUUUGCCUAUAAUCUUGACCCUAAUUACGAGGGAUUGCCGCGUUGGGAAAAGUACAACAAUCGACAGUCACUCGUCAUGACAAAAGACGGGUCAAUAGGCAUGGAGCCUGACAACUUUCGCGAGGAAGAGAUAGAGUAUUAUCUGCAAAACCUUGACAAAAUCAACUUUGUUUCACCUUGA